GACGCCGGAAAUGACGCACAGGGCGGAUCCGGGAAGAAGCGGCCCAGAGGCCACGAAAGGAACUGGUGUGGAUCGGGAUGGAGACGGAACCCUGCCCUCCGGAGAGCGGGCCACCGCCUCGUCCCUAGGCUCUGGGCCUAUCUAGGAAGGAGCAGUCCCGGGCUCCUGGGGCAGAUCUCCCGGCGCCGGGGAACCUAGGCCAGGAGCCGCCUUUGCCAGCCCACACUCAGGCAGGGGCCUCUGGGAGAGCUCCCCCCCCACAGGAAUCGUCUCAUCCAUCUCGUGUCACUAUUCCGGAGAGUGGUAUGGAAAAAUGCACCCCAUCUCUGGAAGAGACCCCAGAAUCGAACAGUGCUGUCUAUACCUGCUUCAUGAAAUCCCAUCGAUGCUAUGAUUUGAUCCCCACAAGCUCCAAACUGGUUGUGUUUGAUACCUCCUUACAGGUAAAGAAAGCCUUCUUUGCUCUCGUCACAAACGGAGUUCGGGCAGCUCCAUUAUGGGACAGCAAGAAACAGAGCUUUGUGGGCAUGUUGACCAUCACUGACUUCAUCAAUAUUUUACACCGUUACUACAAAUCAGCCUUGGUACAGAUCUAUGAGUUGGAAGAACACAAGAUAGAAACCUGGAGAGAGGUGUACCUUCAGGACUCCUUUAAACCUCUUGUUUGCAUCUCUCCUAAUGCCAGCCUUUUUGAUGCUGUUUCCUCGCUGAUUCGAAAUAAGAUCCAUAGGCUACCAGUCAUUGACCCUGAUUCUGGCAACACCUUAUAUAUCCUCACCCACAAACGUAUCCUCAAGUUCCUCAAGCUUUUUAUUGCAGAGUUCCCCAAGCCAGAGUUCAUGUCUAAGUCUCUGAAGGAGCUCCAAAUAGGCACUUACGCCAAUAUUGCUCUGGUGCGGACUACCACACCUGUCUACGUUGCACUGGGCAUCUUUGUUCAGCACCGGGUCUCUGCUUUGCCUGUGGUAGAUGAGAAAGGGCGUGUGGUGGACAUCUACUCCAAGUUUGAUGUCAUUAACUUGGCAGCAGAAAAGACCUAUAACAACUUGGAUAUAUCUGUGACAAAAGCACUACAGCAUCGAUCCCACUAUUUUGAGGGGGUACUCAAAUGCUACCAGCAUGAAACUCUGGAGACCAUCAUUAACCGCCUGGUGGAAGCUGAGGUUCAUCGGCUGGUGGUCGUGGAAGAAAACAAUGUGGUAAAGGGCAUCGUGUCACUUUCUGACAUACUGCAGGCUUUGGUGCUCACAGGUGGAGAGAAGCCCUGAGCUGAUUUGGAAGGAAUGCAUGGAAGAUGGAUGGCACCAUACCCUCUCCCUGCCAUAGAAGUACCUCUGAUCAAUUGGAUGGGAUACUAGAGGCUCUGAUCCCUUUUCUGAAGCUUAUCUGCUAACCCUACCUUACAGAGAGGAUAGAAAGGGGUAGAAAAAUGUAGAAACCCACACAGACUUAGAAGGAAUCACCUCUAGUCCCCUGCCUGAACUAGGGGCAGAAUGUCCCUUCCUCAUUAAUUCUGAUCUCUAAGAGAUCCCCAGACCUCUCAUCAAACACCCUGCUCCUAUCUCCUGAGACAGUGCACCAUGGAGACUAUAAAAGAUGUUUUUAUUCUUUCUGCUACAAAAGGAGUUGGGAACAAAGUGCCAUUUCUUCCUAUAAAUGAUGUUGGAGGGGGAUUGUAGCCUUUGGAUUCCUGCUCUCUUCCCUGUUGUGCUUCCUGUGUGUUGGGGAGUUGGAGAGGGAAGUUCAGGGUGGCUAGUUCAGACUUAUUUUUCCUAGUGAUUCUAAUUAAAAUGACAAGGAUGCCCAUA